UUCAGUACUGGCAGUGAAUAUCGGAACGCAGCCAUAGUCGCAGCUCACGGCACGGCUAGUAUGUUCUGAGGCUAGUCCAGAGUCCAGUCAGUCCAGUGGUCCAGUCUGGUCCAGUCGGUCUGGGUUAGUCGUGUUCCUCGUUGUUUCGUUGGCUGCGUACGUGUGUGUGAGCAUGCGAGCCUGUAUAUAAUGAAUUUGUAAGCAGGAGCAAGGUGAAAAAACCGGUCACGUGCGUGACCGAAUGAAGAAUCAAAAGUGACAAAUUGUGGAGAGUAAUGCCACGUAUAAGGCACAAUGGAUUCAACGAAAGUUAGAUCGAAGCCGAAUCCGCGGGAGAAAGCGAAUAUCGUGUCGAUACUAUUUUGGUGGUGGACUAUCAGUUUAUUCAAGACAGGAUAUAAGAAAGAUUUAGAACCAGAGGACUUAUUUGAUCCCUUGAAAGUUGAUCGAUCAAACCUGCUCGGAGAUCGAUUAGAAAAACGAUGGAACAUCGAACUGGAAAAUUCGAAAAAAAGGAAACGCAGACCGAGUUUGUUGAAGACUAUUUUCCGUACAUUUUUAUGGGAGUAUUCCAUGCUGGGAAUACUACAAGUUCUUAACGAGUUUGUUUUAAGAUUGAGUAUGCCGUUGCUACUGGGUGGUCUUCUACGCUACUUUCGGAAAGAUUCAUUGGAGCUAUACGAGAAUGCUCUGUGGUACGGAGCUGGUAUCUGCGUUGCGACUGGCAUAUACGUAAUAAGUGGCAAUCAAACCAUCUUUGGCGCUUUCCAUUUAGGCGCUCAAGUUCGCGUGGCCAUCUGUUCUUUGAUAUACAGAAAGGCACUGUGUUUGAGCGAAACCGCACUGGGUGAGACAGCACCUGGAAAAGUAGUUAAUCUAGUGGCCAACGAUGUCAACAGGUUCGACUAUGUUACCGUCCUUAUUCAUUAUAUGUGGUCGGCACCUAUUUCCGCUCUGAUCGUAGCUUAUAUUCUUUAUCUCGAGGUCGGCUAUGCCGGUCUCAUCGGUACCGCCGCUAUUUUCGUGGUCGUGCCGAUUCAAUCUUAUACCGGCAAGUUAUCGUCGAAGUUCCGUCUUCAGACCGCCAUUAAGACAGACGAGCGGGUGCGGCUAAUGGAUGAAAUUAUUUCCGGGGUGCAGGUGAUCAAGAUGUACGCAUGGGAGAAGCCGUUCUGCGCCAUGGUCGAGCUGGCACGUAAGCUCGAGCUUCGAGUGGUCACCAAGACAUCGUACCUACGCGGCAUCUAUAUGACAUUCAAUCUCUUUACAACGCGGAUGGCGCUUUAUUGUACGCUCAUUGCCAUGCUGAUGUUCCGCGACGAUCUGACUAUCGAGAAGAUUUUUAUUGUAUCGUCCUACUUCAAUAUCCUCGCACAGACUAUGACCGGCAUGUUCGUGCGCGGUAUCGCCGAGUUGGCCGAGUGCAUGGUGGCUAUACGUAGGCUUCAGGGUUUUCUCAUGUUUGACGAGUUCCGAGGCAGUAACAUCUCCAAGGCGUCCUUCGAUCACGCCAAUUCAGAUAUCAAGCGGAUCUCCAGACCGGAUUUGUCCUACAUUGACGAAGAUGUCGUAGAGAAUCAUUUGGAGUUAGGUAGAGAAAAUCCGGAUGAGAGCAGCGACUUGUUGAAGAAAACCGCUAAUUAUGUUGGAGAAAAGAAAUCGUCCUCACACAAUACCAAGAACUCAGCCAUUAACAUAAUCAACGUUACUGCCAAGUGGGAAGAGGGACAAUUGGAGAAUACCCUGGAGAAUUUGAAUCUGGCAAUAGAAAAAGGCAAGCUGUACGCGAUUAUCGGUAUGGUGGGCAGUGGUAAGAGUUCGUUCCUGUCCGCGAUUCUGGGAGAAAUCAGCCUGACGCAAGGUGAGGUGCAGGUCAACGGCAGUGUUAGCUACGCCAGUCAAGAGGCCUGGGUGUUCGGUGCUACCGUCCAACAAAAUAUACUCUUCGGCCAGUCUUACGAGAGCAAACGAUACCGGAAGGUGGUUAAAGCUUGCGCUCUGGAACGUGACUUCAAACAGUUCCCGCAGGGCGAUCAGACCGUUGUAGGUGAACGGGGCAGCUCGUUAUCCGGUGGUCAGAAAGCUAGGAUUAACUUGGCCAGAGCUCUGUACAGACAGUCAGACAUCUAUUUGCUGGAUGAUCCUUUGAGCGCGGUUGAUACACACGUCAGCCAGCACCUGUUUCAAGAAUGCAUUCAGAGAUACUUAGAUGGUAAAACAAGACUCUUAGCGACGCAUCAGUUGCAAUAUAUAAAAGGAGUGGACGCCAUUAUACUGCUCGAGCAGGGAAAAAUAAAGUAUUUUUCACAUUACCAAGAUUUACUGGAAUAUCGGCCCGAAUACUCCAUACUCUUGGCAACGGAAAAUGAAGCGAUUGACGACUCGUCCGUAGAAAAAAGUAUAAACAUACGUCGACAGUUUUCCUCUUCGAGUAACAGAAGUCGAACUUCAGAACUUAGCAGCGGCAGCACUGAUGAUGAAGAGGAAGACAAAGAUCCCAAAAAAUUGAAUGAUGGUCUUGAAGCAACAUCGCGCGGAGUGGUUAAAGGUCCCAUAUUUAUUAAGUUUCUCCAAAUCAGUGCCAACUUAUCCAUAGCUUUUAUCGUUGUACUUCUGUUCAUCAUCACGCAAUUCAUUGCCAGUUUCAGCGACUAUUUUGUGCCUUUCUUUGUAAAUUUUGUAGAAGCACAAAAUGUCCAAGCCAAGCAAUUUAGCUUGAACCAAACGGAUGAUGUCGUGAACAUGACAAUACACAAACACGUUCCUAUCGAAAAUACAACAGUGCUUACUUACGUCUACAUCUACACUUGUAUUGUGCUUGCCAUCUUCUUAGUUGGCAUUACCAGAUCGCUGAUCUUUUACAAGACGUGCAUGACGUGCAGCCAGCGUCUGCACGAUAUGAUGUUCAGUGCAUUAAUUCGUACGGGAAUGCGAUUCUUUGAUACCAAUCCGAGCGGUAGAAUCCUCAAUAGAUUCUCCAAAGACAUGGGAGCGAUUGAUGAAUUAUUGCCCAAAGCAAUGCUGGACGCCGGCCAAGCGAGUAUGAUGAUGGUCGGAUCGCUGGUAGUGACCUGCGUGGUCAAUUCUAUCUUUAUAAUACCCAUCGUGAUCAUUGGCGGGAUAUUUUAUUGGAUUCGCAAAGUGUACCUCAAAACCAGCAAGAACAUCAAACGACUGGAGGGAAUAUUACGAUCGCCGGUGUUCACUCAUUUGAACGCUACAUUGAACGGAUUAACAACCAUUAGAGCAUACCACGUUCAAGACAUACUCAAACUUGAAUUUGAUAAGCUGCAAGACGCACAUACAUCUACUAUUUACAUGUAUAUCGUGUCUAGCAUGGUAUUUGCUUUCUUCUUGGAUCUGUUCUGUUUUUUCUUGACGUUCAUUAUCAUCUUUAGCUUCUUGCUACUCAAUCAAUCGUUUUCUGGUGGCGAGGUGGGUUUGGCCAUUACUCAGAUAAUGGCAAUGACUGGGAUAAUCCAAUGGGGAAUGCGACAGAGCGCGGAGGUAGCCAACCAAAUGAUGGCAGUGGAACGUGUAUUUGAGUACAUUCAGCUCCCAGCAGAACCAAAUUUAAGAGAUUGUGGAAUGUAUGUGAAGAAGAAAGGCAAAAAACUAGAGCUGCCAUCCAAUGUCCCCCAAACCUGGCCUGACAAAGGUUGUAUCAAGUUCAGGAACGUUUACAUGCGCUAUUCGGACGAAGAUUUGCCUGUCCUCAAGAACCUGAAUCUGGUGAUCUAUCCCGGAGAAAAGAUUGGUGUCGUGGGAAGAACAGGUGCCGGGAAAUCGUCGUUGAUAUUAGCGCUGUUUCGAUUGGCAAAAGUGGAUGGAAUCAUUGAUAUUGAUAGCAUAGACACGGGGUUGAUAGCCUUAGAGGAUCUACGACGUAAAAUAUCCAUUAUUCCCCAGGAUCCCAUUUUGUUCUCAGGUACUCUGAGACGUAAUCUAGAUCCUUUCAAUGAGUUUUCCGACAAGGAUUUGUGGGAGGCACUUGAAGAGGUUGAGUUGAAGGAAGCGGUCGUUACUAACGGAAACGGCUUAGAAAGCCGCGCGUACAACAGAGGCAGCAAUUUUAGCGUUGGACAGAGACAACUGGUGUGCUUAGCGAGAGCUAUCCUGAGAAACAAUCGUAUAUUAAUGCUGGAUGAAGCGACUGCAAAUGUAGAUCCGCAUACUGAUGCAUUGAUUCAACGGACGAUCAGAAAGAAAUUCGCCACGUGCACGAUGCUCACAGUGGCGCAUCGACUGAACACCAUAAUGGACAGCGAUAAAGUUCUUGUAAUGGAUAAGGGCUAUAUGGCUGAGUACGACCACCCUUAUAUCUUGCUGCAAAACAACUACAGUCAGUUUACUUCGUUAGUAAGAGAGACUGGCCCAGGCAUGUAUGAUCAACUGACCAAAAUAGCGAAACAGGCCUACAUAAACAAGUAUGGAGAAACGUGACCAAGUAUCGACGAAUUUUAAUACACCAAUGUCUUCUUAUUAGUUAGAUUUUUUCUAAUUGUAGAGGAGAAGGUGGUAAUAUGGCCACUUAUUUAUAUUUUUUGAAAUUUGAUUGAGGUCGAUAAUGUAGAGUCAUUUAUGUACAUCAUUAAUGAGAUUUCAUA